AUGUCCGGCCAGCUGGAGCGCUGCGAGCGCGAGUGGCACGAGCUGGAGGGGGAAUUCCAGGAACUGCAGGAAACUCACAGGAUCUACCGGCAGAAGUUGGAGGAGCUGACCUCGCUGCAGACUUUAUGUAGCAGCUCCAUCAGCAAGCACAGGACGCGCCUGAAGGACCUGAAGCGCACGCUCCAGAGGUACAAGCGCCGUGCCAGUGUGGCCGAGGCGGAGCUGGUCCAGCAGUUAGAUGUCACCAUCAAGGAGCGGCAGAACAUCUUCUUUGACAUGGAGGCCUACCUGCCCAAGAAGAACGGGCUCUACUUGAAUCUGGUCCUCGGCAACGUAAGCGUGACCCUCCUCAGCAACCAGGCCAAAUUUGCCUACAAGGACGAGUAUGAGAAGUUCAAGCUCUACCUGACCAUCAUCUUGCUCCUGGGGGCUGUGGCCUGCCAGUUCGUCCUUCACUACAGGGUCACGGACGAAAUCUUUAACUUCCUGCUCGUGUGGUAUUACUGCACCCUGACGAUUCGGGAGAGCAUUCUCAUCAGCAACGGCUCAAGGAUUAAAGGCUGGUGGGUGUCGCACCACUACGUGUCCACCUUCCUGUCCGGAGUGAUGCUGACCUGGCCUAACGGACUGAUCUACCAGAAGUUCCGCAGUCAGUUUUUAGCGUUUUCCAUAUUUCAGAGCUGCGUCCAGUUCCUGCAAUAUUACUACCAGAGGGGCUGCCUCUACCGGCUGCGGGCGCUGGGGGAGAGGAACCACUUGGACCUCACUGUGGAGGGGUUCCAGUCCUGGAUGUGGCGGGGCCUCUCCUUCCUCCUGCCGUUCCUGUUCUUUGGCCAUUUCUGGCAGCUCUACAACGCAGUCACGCUCUUCAAGCUCUCCGGCCACGAGGAAUGCCGAGAAUGGCAGGUGUUUGUGCUGGCGAUCACGUUCCUGGUCCUCUUCCUGGGCAACUUCCUGACCACCCUCAAGGUGGUGCACACCAAGCUCCAGAAGAACAGGAGCAAGGUGAAGGCGCCAUGA